CGUGAGGGACUCGCCGCGGCCCGCGCGCCAGGAGCGACGGGGAACGGCCCCGGGGCUGCCCCUGCCUGGGAGGCGCGGCGGCAGGUCGCGAGGCCUCCUCGGGGUCUUGCUAGAGAGGGGGCGGGGCCAUCGCCCAACAGGUGCCAGGGCGCCGGCCUGGGGCCGGGCCCCCGCGGGGUAACAUCAUGAAGUGUGACUUUUUUGAGAUAAGCUUUCUGGAGUGAAGUAAAGAAGCAACAUAUGAAAGACAUAGAUAUUUAUAAGUAAUGUCAGUUAAUUUGCCUUUAAAUGCAUAUUUGUAUCUCCUGAUUAACACAAGAAACCUUUGGGGGAAGCAGAGAAACAAGCAGCUGUACUAUUUGUGUAGACCUAAACUUUAUUGGAGGAUUAGUCAUGGUAUUCCAUUUAGAGUUUUUCAUACAAGCAAAACUCAAUGUAAAUGGACCAGAAGCAAAACACUGGAGUGUAGUAAACAUAUUUAUAGCCAUGACUUUUUGUAUUAUAAAGUUUCUAAACAUAGCACUUCUUCUCCCAAGGGACUAACAAAAGUGAAUAAUCGUAUGUCACGAAUUAAGAACACUUUUGAAUCUGUUUCAAAGGCUGUUUCUGACACUCACAGUGAACUGGUUGCACGAAUAGCUCGAUUCAAGCCCAACUCUGGCAUAUUGGGGAAAGCAUUUGAAAAUAAUGUUCAGGAAAACAAUCUCCAGGUAAACCUAGAAAAUGAUAAACGAACUGCAUGUGCUGGAGCUCAGGGAGAUUACAACAAUAGUCAAACUGUAAAGAAUUUUGUUCAUGCAGAUGGAAACGCAGAGUCUGCGUUGAUAAGUAGAAGUGGCACUAAUCAAGCUACUUUAAAAGAUUCUGUAGAUAUUGAAAACAACCUUUUUCAUGUAAGCUACUUCACUACAAAUUUUGGAGAGACUUACAACUUUUUAGCAAAUCAUAUCAACUGGUACUUUGGCACUAAUACUGUUAUGGAUCAGGAGAAAAAAGGAAAUGCUUUUCUACAGGACUCCAGGAAUGAACUCAGAAAUAAACUUGAUUCACCAGAAAGUGACAUAAUGAGUAAUGAAAAUGGGAUGAGUUCAGCAGCCGCUUUAAUUUCUGCUGCUGAAAUACAAGAUGCUGAAAAGACAAAUACUGCUCUUCCAACUUCCAGUAAAAAGAGCAUUGCAAGCUUCCUUUCCUACCCUAGUAACAGUGUACAAGCUUUUGUAGACAGUUAUGUAGGCAGUCUGGUCCCCAAGUUGAGAUCUGAGACAAAAGCCGCCUCAGAAGAUAAAUCACAAGAACGCAAAGAGUCUUUGAAAGAUGAAGAGCAUGACGACAAAGAGAUCAAAACUGCAGAAGGGAAAGAAAAGCGUUUGUCUCUUCAGAGAGAAAAGAUUAUUGCAAGAGUGAGUAUUGACAACAGAACACGGGCUUUAGUUCAGGCCUUACGAAGAUCUUCUAACCGAAGAGUCUCUAUUAACAGGAUUGAAGAACUGACUUAUCAUCUUCUGGAGUUUCCAGAAACCAGAGGGGUUGCUAUUAAGGAAAAAAUAAUUCCAUGCUUACUACAGCUGAGACAAGGAAUUGAUGAAACUCUUCGUGCUGCUGUUAUGGAGGCUUUGGCUAUAGUUGGAUAUACAGAUCCGGUGAAAGCCUGGGGAAUUCGAAUUCUGACUAUUGAUGGAGGAGGAACAAGAAUGGUGGUAGCACUUCAGACUUUACGUAAACUAGAAGAACUUACUGGAAAGCCCAUUCGACUUUUUGACUACAUUUGUGGUGUAAGCACAGGUGCUAUAUUAGCAUUUAUGUUGGGGUUGUUCCAUAUCCCUCUGGAUGAAUGUGAAGAACUAUAUCACAAAUUAGGAUCGGAUGUGUUUAAGCAGAAUGUCAUUUUUGGGACAAUGAAAAUGGGUUGGAACCAUGCAUUUUAUGACAGUGAUAUCUGGGAAAAGAUGCUCAAAGAGAGAAUGGGAUCGGAUCUCAUGAUUGAAACUGCAAGAAAUCCCAGAUGUCCUAAGGUAGCUGCAGUAAGCACCAUUGUAAACAGAGGAACACCACUGAAAGCAUUUGUGUUUAGAAACUACAACCACCUUCCAGGUGUCAAGUCUCACUACAUUGGAGGUUGUCAGUAUAAAUUAUGGCAAGCCAUUAGAGCAUCAUCUGCUGCACCAGGUUACUUUCAGGAAUAUGUGUUGGGUAAUGACCUUCAUCAAGAUGGAGGUCUGCUUCUGAAUAAUCCCACUGCUUUGGCAGUCCAUGAGUGCAAAUGCCUUUGGCCAAAAGUCCCACUGCAGUGUGUAAUAUCGUUGGGCACUGGUCGAUAUGAAAGCGAGAGGAAAAACAGCAUCACAUACACAAGUUUGAAAACCAAACUUACCAAUGUUAUCAGCAGCGCAACUGACACAGAAGAAGUCCAUACUAUGCUGGAUGGCCUGUUACCUCCAGACACCUAUUUCAGAUUUAAUCCUCUGAUGAAUGAAGACAUACCUCUGGAUGAAAAUCGUAAGGAAAAACUCAGUCAGUUGCGGACAGAUGGAAUACGGUAUAUAGAGCGAAAUGAAGAAAAAAUUAAAAAAGCUGCCAAAAUCCUAAUACAAGAAAAAACAGUUGUGCAGAAAUUUAAUGAGUGGAUAAGGUUAAAAGCCUGUAUGUGUGAAGGACUUCCAUUUUUUUCCAAACUGUGAAUAUGUAAUUAACGAAAACUCAUAUAUACCGUUCCAGAAAAUCCAGCCAAUAUUAUAAGAGAUCUGUGCAUACAUCAAUACUGUAUAAUUCUGGAUAGCUGUCAAAGUCCAGGGAACGCUGGAGAAAGCACUUCCCAGUCAAGCACUGGUAUAGUGCUGCCUGCUUUGUACACACAUCCUUGGAAUAAGGUUUCAUGGUGUUCCUUUUUUGAGCUUUAGAAACAUUACUGUUGUACUAGUUAAUUGUGGUAAAAUACUGGUGGUUUUUUGUCUGUUCAUGGAGGCCUAUUUUUGAUUCAUUGCACUUAGCUAACUUUGUACCACCUAAGAUUGACAAUUAUGAAAAACAAUGUGCUAUACAUUUUUUGUAAAUAUAUUCCAUAAUCAUGUUGACAGUAACACCUUGUUUGUUUACCUAUUACUGAAUUUAAAAUAAAAACAAAAAUCAAACUGAUUUCUAAAUAAGUAUAUUGUAGGCUCUGCAAUAUAUACUACAAGCUGUUUUACUGCCAGUGAAGGUAAUAUCCUUUCAGCUUAUGAAAACCUAAAGCUUGGCCCAUGUAAAUGCACUUUUCCAUUUCAAAGAUAAUGUUAAAAUAAUUUGGUUUUAGUAUGCAUUUUUUUGUGUGUAACAAUUAACUUUGUCCAGUAAGAUGUUUGCUGGUUAUAAAAAGAUGUAAAAUACUCAAAAUCAACCAGUAUUUUUUCUGUAAUUUUAAGAUGUGCUGUGCAUUAACUUUUACAGGUUCUACUCCAGAAUAAUUUAUUCAUUGUUUGAAAAUAACUCUCAAACCUCAUCUCAGCAAAUAUUCUUGUCACAUAAUAAAGGAAAUAAACUUCUCAUGCUGCAGUAGUGACUUUCUUAACGUAUGGAAAUCUCAGAAUUGGAUAGCACCAAACUUUACAAAUCAAUGUACAAGAAAAGUAUAUAAAAAUGAUGCAUGGAGUAAAUAAGUUCAAAUAAAAUAUGUAUUUUCUGUUA